GAUACUUUGAAAAUGCUUGUUUCGGGACGGAUUUCGAUUUUGCCUUUCAUAAAAUAUAAAUUACCUUAACUCCCCUCCUCCAUCUCAAUAGAUCCCAUUCACAAUUACAAGUUUACAACAACACCAAUCUACUCUAAGAUUUAUCAAUAAUAUUUAACCCUAAAAAGACUCUUACAAUAUCCACUCUACCAAUAUGUCUACCAACGAUAACACCUCUACUCUCAAGUCGGUGGUCGACUCUGCCACCGGAGCCGUCCAAAAUGCAUUCGGCAGCGUGACGGGUAACACAUCUCAUCAGGCUGAGGGUCAAGCCAAGCAAAACAAGGCCGAUGCCGAGUAUGAUGCAUCCCAAGCUACUGCCAAAGUUCCGGGUUUCACUGCAUCAUCUUCCGGCGCCGUUACCAAGGAUGACCCUGACCGAACCGCUGGUUCAUACAACCAAACAGUCGGUUCCGCCAAGGAAUUCGUCGGCGGAUUGGCUGGAUCUGAGUCUUUGAAGGCAGCGGGUCGUCAACAGAACCAAGAAGGCCAACAGCAGGAGGCUAAGGGCCAAGUCAACGAUUACGUUAGCGGCAUUUCCGAUCGUGUCACUGGUACCGUAGGUGGUGCUUUUGCCGGUGUUACCGGUAACAAAGCCGCCCAAGCAAAUUACCAAGAUCAGCAUGACGCGGGAAAGACCACUCAACGUGGGGCAGAACAGGACAUUGUCAAGAAGGCAGACGCAGAGAAUUCUGCCUCGAAGAAGUCGUAGGCUGACGGUUUCAUUUAGUUGUUGCUGAUGAUGAAUCACUGGGGAAUAAGAAGAUUCUUUAAGAAUGAUGAAGGAGAUUAUGAUACCCACAUGGAGUGAGCCAGGGUUUGUCAUGGCAUAAAAACAACGUGGAAGUGGAUCGGUAUGAUAGAAUGAAUUCAUGUAUGGAAUAAGACCUAACCAAUUUCACUUCAUUGCUGCAGAGUUGAAAAUAACUAAGUGACCACUCAGAAAUCUCGAUAACAGUGCCCAGGAAGAGUAAUCGGUUGCGAUCAUUACCGAAAAAAUGUCAGCCAUGUAUUAGUGCUGUCAGCCAGCGGACGAAUAAUAAUUGAAACAUGCAUUUUCAAACUCGAUAACUAUCCCUG